UCACUUCACCUCACACGCAAUCAAAAUCUCCUUUCAUUCAAACAAACACAACAACAACAAUGGCAACCCCAAAACCAACACCACUCUUGAAAGACCAACUCGACAUCGUUAUCCCGACCAUCCGAAACCUCGAUUUCCUGGAGAUGUGGCGACCAUUCUUUGAACAAUACCAUCUAAUCAUCGUACAAGAUGGCGAUCCUUCCAAGGUUAUCAAAGUCCCACAAGGCUUUGAUUAUGAACUUUAUAACCGUAACGAUAUUAACAAAAUCUUGGGCCCUAAAGCUUCUUGUAUCUCUUUCAAAGAUUCUGCCUGCCGUUGCUUUGGUUAUAUGGUUUCUAAAAAGAAAUAUAUCUUCACCAUUGAUGAUGAUUGCUUUGUUGCUAAAGAUCCAUCUGGAAAUGAUAUAAAUGCACUUGAGCAACAUAUCAAGAACUUGUUGAGUCCGUCCACCCCGUUUUUCUUCAACACCCUUUACGAUCCGUACAGGGAAGGUGCCGAUUUCGUUCGUGGCUAUCCAUUUAGUCUUCGUGAAGGUGUCCCGACUGCGGUUUCUCAUGGGCUUUGGCUUAAUAUUCCUGAUUAUGAUGCUCCUACUCAGCUUGUUAAGCCUCGUGAAAGAAACACUCGAUUUGUGGAUGCUGUUUUGACAAUUCCUAAGGGAACUUUAUUUCCUAUGUGUGGAAUGAAUCUUGCAUUUGACCGUGAGCUCAUCGGUCCAGCAAUGUACUUUGGACUUAUGGGUGAUGGUCAGCCAAUUGGUCGUUACGACGACAUGUGGGCUGGUUGGUGUAUGAAGGUGAUCUGUGACCACAUGGGGUGGGGUGUUAAGACCGGUUUGCCGUACAUUUGGCACAGCAAGGCCAGCAACCCGUUUGUAAACUUGAAAAAAGAGUACAAAGGUAUUUACUGGCAGGAAGAGUUGAUCCCAUUUUUUCAAGCUGCCACAUUGCCUAAAGAAUGCACCACGGUCCAGAGCUGCUACAAGGAGCUCGCUAAGCAGGUCAAGGCAAAGCUUGGAAAGAUUGAUGACUAUUUCAUCAAGCUUUCAGAUGCUAUGAUCACUUGGAUUGAGGCUUGGGAUGAGCUCAAUCCAUCGGCCAAACUUGUCAAUGGCAAGUGAAGUUUUAUAGACGCAUCGAAAAUAGUUGAUUAGUAGUAAUUGUUCGCUUAUGCGAAGAGUUUUAUUAGGCCUGCGGGACGUUGUGACCGGAUUUAUUUCUAUUUGUCUAGAGUUAAAAAUUUUUAAAGGUAUUUUGCAUUUAAAUUUUUGCAGUAUGGAGGAUUGAUAUCUAUAUUACUCGUAUUAUACAUUUGUGUUUUAUUUUCAUCA